AUGGGUGGUCAGGGUCAUUCUCAUGGUGGCCCAAUGGGUAUUGAGACUGGACCUGCCCCUGUGCCAAUGAAUAUGCGAGCACCCGAGAGACCCCCAAGAUAUGGCCGCAACAGCUUCGAGACCGACGAGAUCGAAUAUGAGAAGCAGAUUGCUAAGAAGGCUUUUGAGGAGAAUCUCCGGACUCAACAGCAACAGCAGCAGCAUGAGAAUCCAUUUGCUGAUCAAAAUGAGUUUGGGCCCCAAUCAGAGAUGCCACCAUGGUUCAUCGUAUUCUAUGAGCAAUACGUUCGCCAGCGACUGGAGAUGAUGAAUAUGAUCAAAGCUCAGUCUCGGUCUAACGCCAUGGUCCUUUCGGGACCUGAUGAGAAGCAAACGUCUGUGACAGUCACAGAGUCCCCAUUCAUGGAUGAAGAGGGCCAAAUGGUCGAUCCACUUGUUUACAAAAAGAUGUCACUGAACAUCACUCUUCUGGAGGGUGGCAUUCUCUUCCAUUCCGUCUUCGUCGGCAUGACUGUAAGCAUCACCAUCGAAGGUUUCAUUAUUCUCCUCGUCGCCAUUCUAUUCCACCAAAUGUUUGAGGGACUUGGUCUAGGGUCACGUAUCGCUGCUGUUCCAUAUCCGAAAGGUAGUCCGCGCCCCUGGAUCCUGGUUGUUGCUUUCGGUACCACUGCUCCCAUUGGCCAAGCUAUCGGUCUUAUGACGAGGAAUACAUAUGAUCCCAACAGUGCGUUUGGUCUGAUUAUCGUUGGCAUUUUCAAUGCAAUCUCCGCUGGACUUCUACUGUACGCUGCCACGGUGGAUCUUCUAGCUGAAGACUUCCUGUCUGAAGAGGCCAAUCGACUGCUGAGCAAGAAAGACAAGAUUACAGCAUUCUGCUUCGUUCUCGCAGGAGCUGCUGGCAUGUCUAUCGUCGGUGCCUUUGCAUAA